GUCGUACAGCCGUGACGUCGGCGGUUGCCAUGGAGAGGCCCGCUCAGUUGCGACCGCGAGCUGGCGCCAGGGGCCGCGGGGUCGGAGCGUGGCUUUGAAGCUGCUUCCGCUACCACCAUGAGCGGCCGAAGUAGGGGUAGAAAGUCCUCCCGCGCCAAAAACCGGGGCAAAGGCCGAGGCAAAGCCCGAGUUCGCGCUGCUCCUGAAGACGCCCCCCGCGACCCGGACCCAACACAGUGCCAGAGGCUCGGGGAGGAAACCCAGGCGGCACAGGUGCAGGCUGGCGCGGGUUGGGGUGGCCUGGAAACCGCUGCGCCCGCGCCGCCCCGUCGGCCCGGGGAGGAGGCUGCCUGCCGGCUCCCCCUGGAUUGUGGCCUCGCGCUCCGCGCCCGAGCUGCGGGGGGUCGCGGGCAGGCUGCGACCAGGCCCGGCCUGGGGAAGGCCACAUCCCUCUCGGAGCGCCUAGCGACAGACACGGUCUUCGUGGGAACCGUGGGAACCGUGGGAAGGCCAAAAAAUGGCCCCCGCGUUGGAAAUCGGCGUGGUGCUGCUGGGAAGAAGGCCUCAGAAACCUGUAGCGCAGUAGGGAGAGUACCUCAGGCCCUAGCUGGUGGGAAGCUGAAGAAAGGGGCCAUUGGGGAGAGCGUCUCCGCCCCUGUGGGAGAAGAAACGAAGGUGGAGAAGGAUGCAGGGUCAGGGCCCCUGGCGACAGAUGGCAGCAUGGAUACGCUGGAGACCGUCCAGCUGAAGCUGGAGACCAUGAACGCCCAGGCGGACAGGGCCUACCUUCGGCUCUCGCGCAAGUUCGGGCAGUUGCGACUGCAUCACUUAGAGCGCAGGAACCUCCUCAUCCAGAGUAUCCCAGGUUUCUGGGGGCAGGCUUUUCAGAACCACCCCCAGCUCUCAUCCUUUCUGAACAACCAAGAUAAAGAGGUUCUCAGCUACUUGAACAGCCUGGAGGUGGAAGAGCUUGGCCUCGCGAGAUUGGGCUACAAAAUCAAGUUCUACUUCGGGCGCAACCCCUAUUUCCAAAAUAAGGUGCUCAUCAAGGAAUACGGGUGUGGGCCUUCGGGUCAGGUGGUGUCUCGUUCUACUCCAAUCCAGUGGCUCCCGGGCCAUGAUCUCCAGUCGUUAAGCCAGGGCAACCCAGACAACAGCCGUAGCUUCUUUGGGUGGUUUUCAAACCACAGCUCCAUUGAGUCUGACAAGAUUGUGGAGAUCAUCAACGAGGAACUGUGGCCCAAUCCCCUGCAGUACUACCUUAUGAGUGAAGGGGCCCGUGCAGAGAAAGGAAAGGAGGGCAGGCAAGGUCCAGCAAAGCAGCCAGUGGAGACCCCUGAGCCUGGGGCAAACAAGUCCAACUGAUCCUGCACUAGCCUCCCUACUACCUCCUGUUGGACCUGUGCCUAGCUAACCACGUGUGUUUGGCCGUCUGCCUUCUCUUCAUGUUGGCCUCUGUGCACUGUAUUCCCCUUGGACUUCAGUUACAAGAAUAUGGUAUUUAUGAUCAUGUUCUUUGGCCCCCUCGUGGCCUUGCUUUUUUCACAUUAGUGUUACACGUUAAAUGAUCUCACCCCUACUGUUUAUACGUUAAGCACACAUGCUUCAAGUGUGUGCUGCCUUUGUCUACAUUGCCUGGACCGUGUUCUUGGCUCUGGCCUUUCCCAGCUGUCUUUAACAUGGACACUCAUGAGUCAUCCUCCACAAGGACCAGUGCAUCCUCGAGCUCUGCUGCUCCAGGGCCAGUGACUUGCUGAGCUUUGUGUUCAUGCUGGCCAUGCGUGCCAUCUGUGGCAAAGUCUUCUGUUGCCACUGCAGAAUGAAGCUAGCACACAUGGUAUUGGCCAUCAGCCAAAACUGAUUGUUCCAAGGCCCUGGGGCCACCAGCCAAGGUUCCACCACCUACUGGAUCUCUGGCUUUGGCUAGGGGCCUAUGCUGCCCUGCUGGAUAUGUGGAAUAGCACUUGACUGCUGGGCAUGGAUGAGGUUAAGGGUGAGAAGCAUAAUGCCAUGUGUUCUAUACCAUUAUGCGUCUCUUCCUGCCUCUGGGUCCUUAUGAUGAACAUUCGUCAGGGUCAACACCGUACCCCAUCACUGUCAGGCCACUGAGAUUUGUCUAGGUUGCUAUUGGCCCCACUUGGCUUCCCAGUCAAUGAGGACCUCAAGAACUGCCUGUGGACCAAGGCCCCCUGCCAGUGCAUGAGACACACACCUACCUUCCCCAGCCUUCUAGGAACCCUACUGCUUGCCAGACUGAUGGGCGGGUAUGUGACAUGUGCUCACUGUCAUCGUGCUGCGGCUCCAGGCUGCAACAAGGACCAGAGUGCUGUUAGCGUGUUGGUGAGGCAGCCCCCCGGGCCCGGCCCAAGAACGUUCACUCAUCUGUCAUUGGUCGCUGACCACACUCGGCACAGGGCAGUCGGGGUUGAACCAGACACUGUCCCUGCCACCAACAAACUCGCGGCCUCGGAAUGGAGUUCUCCUAACGGCCCACGAGGCCGUGAGAAUGUGAACAGAGCGCCGGGGAUGUGGCGAGGCCAGCCCAGGGUCUGCCCCGGGCCAGGCUCCUGAGGCCAGCCUGCUUGGCUCUUAGCGGACACCAUCGGCCAAAGAAGAUGGAAAAUGACUCUUGUGUGGGAGUUAAAGCUAUGGCCUCGUAGGCCCGACUCUGCUGUGUUUUACCUUAAGCCAGUCACGAAAUUUUCCUGAGGUUGUUGCCUUAACAGUCAAGCAGAGCUUAUCAAGCUUCCCCGCAGAGUGCGUGAAAGCGCUUUAUAAACCAGAACGUGUGUCCGCAGUUGAGCCACCCAGAGAGGCUGGCAGGCAACAGAAUCAAGACGUGUCACCAUGAAGAGAAUGUGGGCUGAGGGGACGCACGGAGUGAGGCGCUGAACUCAGGGAGAGAUCAAGCGCGUCUCUAUGACCCUGAGGGCCACUCUUCAGGGAUAGAGACUGUCGCGGGUGUCUCCUUUCAGCUUAAGUUGGCAGAAAAACGCAGGCUCUCCCGGAUGCUGGGGUCAACCAUCUCUGGGGAUGGGAGUCAACAGUCAAAAUUCCAAUCCCACAUCCCGGUCUAAAGAAAAGACUCAAUUCGUCUGCUUGGUGGUGAUUUUUUCCACUCUCCAAGAGCUCAGUAAUAUUUGACAAACCAGGCUGCAUCACCAUGGAGACGUGAACCGGCUGGCGCUUUCUCGGGCGGCACCGCAUAGGACAGACACACAGAGAACGGGAGGAGGCAAUGUGACCACAGAGGUAAAGACGGAAGUGAUGUACACACGAGCCAAGGAGCACUGGAGCUACCAGAAGCUGGAAGAGGCAGUGGAUGGAUAUUCCCUUAGAUAAAGUAUGGCCCUACCACCUUGAGUUUGGACUUUUGGCUUCCAGAACUGUGAGAGAAUACAUUGCUCAAGCCCCCACAUUUACGGUCAUUUGGAAAUGUGGAGCUACACAUUUGGAAAUGUGUAGCCACUGGAAACGAAGGCACCUGCCAUGAUGAUUACAAAUCUACUGGUUCUUCCUGUCAUUCAAGGCUCGGCUUAAAUGCCACCUCCUCAGAUGUACCUCCCCUGAUUGCCUGUCUCAGGAUGGCUCUGUUGACUCCUCAUUUAUUCUUUGGGUUUUCCCAGAAGGAGGGAGUGGUCAAGCAGUUGCAUACUACUACAAGGAGAAGAAAGAUAAUUAUUGAGAGCUGAGGACACGAGGGGAGCAGGGACUAAAUCCAGGCCAUUGGACUGCAGGGCUUGUGUCCUCUCUCACCAAGCUGUACUGCCCCUCGACAGUGUGAAACAAUACUGCUAAAUGGCUGUGUGACAACAUAGGAUAUAUUCUUUUGUCCCCCAAUAUACUCGCAGAAUUGCAGAGACCCUUGCUGCAUUUUACUCCCUUACCUUCCUUGACAGUCUCUUCCCUCCUGUUGAGCUUGUACACAGGGGCAGAGGAAGCAGAAAUGGGAAAUGAUUGCUCACUUUCACCCACAUGACAUAGGCAUUCUGAAGGAUGAAGAAAGCGAGACAGGGCCGAUGGCUAUUAAACAAUCAAAACCGAUGGUCCACAAGGUGCAUAAUUGGACACGGACUUAUACCUCGGUGUGCUAUUUAGGAGUGGCGAUUAAAUGCAUGUUAUCAACAUGUUUGAUCUGUGUAUUUUCCUCUUUGCUUCAGCAGCUCACCCCAAUUAUUCCUGGAGAAACAAUAUUCCUGAUCUGGGUUCCUCAUAGAUGACUGACAGAGCCAUUGUUUCAAUAUUGGCAUUGAUAUGUCAGAGUUAACAGAUGUUUUGCAGAUAUCAAGCUCAGAAGAAUGGCAAAUUGGGUCCAUCUAUUUUGUAAGAUAAGGGGCAACAAGACGGCCUUGGGAGUCAUCUCAGGGAUAACUCAGUUAGAAGUUAUGAGUUAUAGGUAUGCCGAGAUGACCCAUCAUUUUCAUAGACUGGUACUUGUAAUGAGAGGACACAGAUCUCAGUGAUUAGAAACUUUGUGGCAAAUUAAAUAUGGCCACAAAUCCUUUGACUCUCUUUCCAUUGAGAGAUGAGAUCCAGUUUCUCUCUCUUUGAAUCUGAGCUGGCCAUAGUGUCUUGCUUAACUGAUAAAAUCCAAUGAAAGUGAUGUUCUGAGAUUUUUUUUUUUUUUUUUUUGAGUAGGCUUGAUGCCCAGUGUGGAGCCCAAUGCAGGGCUUGAACUCACAACCCUGAGAUCAAGACCUCGAGCUAAGAUCAAGAGUCAGAGGCUUAACAGACCAAGCGACCCAGGUGCCCCGAUGCUUUGAGAUUUCCGAGGUUAGGUCAUAAGAAGUGUUGUAGUUUCUGCCUAGGGGUCUUGGAACGCUCGCUCUCAGGAUGUUCCCUCUUGGAAGCAGGUUCCGUGCUGCCAGAAACCCAGACUAUAUAUAGGUGCUCGAAUCAAGCUCGCAGGCCACAGACAGAUCAGCUGCCAGCUAUUGGGUGAGCCAUCUUGAACAUCCACACAGUCAAGUCAUCAGAAAAUUACAUCCCAGCUGACAUCUGGCUGCAAUUGUAUGAGAAACCCCGACUGAGAACCACCCAGCUGAGCUCAGUCAACCCAUAAAGCCAUGGGAAUUAAUAAAUUGUGGUUUGAAGCCACUAAAUUUUGGGUGACUUUCUAUGCAGCCAUAGAUAAUUAGAGCAGAAUUUGGUCCCUGGAAGAGGUGAUGCCAUGCUAAAAACUGAAAUCAUGGGACACUGGCUUUGGGAUCAAGCAGGAAGUUGUUACUGGAGGCUGGAAGAAGGCAUCCCUUGUUUUGUUAUGAUGGAUAAUUUGGUACACUGUUGCUUGUGGUAAUGUGAAAAACAGGAAUACACCUAUGAAAUAGCAAAUUUGGCCAGGGAGACAUCCAAGAAGAAUGUUCAAAAUGCCUCCUGGUUUCUUUCAGGCUGGUGUGAUAAGGUAUGGGUAUAGAGAGAUGAGCCCUAGUUGAAAGGCACAGAAGCAGACUUGCUGAGUUUAGGAGUCAAGCUGUUUCUCAUCCCCAGCCUCUCUAGUUGAGAAAAGUAAGACACGGUGUGAAGGUAUUGAUCAUCUCAAAGGUAUGGCCAUAAGAUACUUGUGAUACCUUAGAAAGUUUUAAGACUAUGGCUCAUAGACCCACUCAACUGGACAGAAGAAUUUUGAAGAAAUUUGGGGGUAUUGUUUCAUACACUGGACUCUCAGCCCAAGGCAGAAAGCGGCCUGUCUCUGAGACAGAAAGAUCUAAAGGAACCUCACACUGAUGUUCAAAGCAUCAUCAUAUGGAUGUGUUCAGCAGAGUUUUAUUAUUCAUCUAUUCAUAUUGGCAUUCGCUCAUUCAACAACUAUUUAUUGCAUAAUCCUGUGUCCUAGACUCUUUGCUAUGCUCUGGAGACCCAUGAUGCUUAAGAGAGAGUCUCUUCCCUGGGGGCUUAUAAUCUAGUGGAGGAGACAGACCAGAAACAGGAAGUAUAACCUGAGGAUGCAUCCCACCUCUACUGUGCAUCCCACAGUAGAGGUGAUGUGGGAGUGCAGAGGAAGGGCCCCAACCCUGGCAUCAAAUCUGCUCCACCUCAUGACAAAGUUCAUGCGUGAGCUGUGUGAGCUGUGUUCUGGAAAAAAGGACAGGCUCAGGACUGACAAAAUGUGAGCUGCAGGCAGAGGCCACAAACAGACCAGAGAACUGGAGGACAAGCCCCCCACUGACCUCCUGGGGCCAUCGACUGGCUCUAAGCUCAGCUCCUGGAAUCUGGUGGGUCUAUUCCAAGCCUCCCGUGGGACCUACAGAGAGGGAGCAUCUCUCACGGGCAUGGAUGUAAAGUAAAGCAUCUCAACUAUGCCUUGGUUUUGGCUCCAAAGAUGACUUCUGUGUGGCCGAAUCUUUUUCUUCAUGCAUUUUAUUAUAUAUAUAUAUAUAUAUAUAUAUAUAUAUAUAUAGUCCAUGCUCUAAAACAUUAAAAAAUAAGAAGCUAAAAUAAAUUUCCAGAGUUCAAAAUGGCAGACUGUGAUCAGAGCCAAUGUCCUUUUCCUUCCAAUGUUGGCUUGUCUGCAAAGUGAUUUCAUACAUACUUGGUGAAGCUAUGCUGCCCCCACCCCCCGGUCUUUUCCUUCUUCCACCUCCCCCAGUUCCCACCCAUUGAGGGUGUCAUCAACUUCAGCUGUGGUCAAAGGCUAAGACCUGGGCUGAAGUCUACCCUGGACACCCUUUGGGGCUUGGCUGAGGGACUUAAUUUCAUCCCUGUUUGGAAGGACUCAAGAUGACAUUUUUGUCAGUGAUGGUAUAGAACUCUCUCCUUCCUUACCCAACUGGUUGUCUAGCCUGAGUCAGGAACUGACUUUUCCCUGGAGUAAUAACGCAGUGUGGGCCAUCAGCCACGGCCAAGUACAAUCUGGGUGUAAGGUUCAUCAGCACCAGUUGGUGAGAGCUCCUGGAGGGCAGGAACCAGACCCUCUUUCCCCAUUUUCCAGCACCUAGCCAGCUCUCUGGCAUCUGGAAGGGGCUCAGUAGUGUUUGGAGAAUUCACCCUGGGUAUUACCCAGGCAGACAACAGCCCUCAGGUUCACCUUAUGAUGAGGGGGAUUCUUCUACAGCUAAAGAAUAAAGAUGAUAGUGGUAAUAAAAGAGGCUAAUACCAUUUAUUGAGCCCUAAUGCUUUGUCAGGACAAGCAGUUUACAGGCAUUGGAACUCAGAACCUCUGGUGUAAAUAUCAUCGCCCUCAUUCUACAGACGAAUAAAUGGAAUCUCAGCCUUGAGGAAUCUUGCGACAGCUUGCUUGAUGGGGCUUGGACCUAGGAUGAUCAAUUUUGGACUUUGACUCUUAUCCAUGACAUCAUGUUUUGCUACCUGAGCUAAGACUACUGGAAAGCAGUAUCCCUCCUACUGCAGAGCAUCCCAGCUUCCAUGGGACAAAACUGAAGUCCCUUGUAUCUGGGCUAUACCCCCAACUCUCUCCCCAUCAAGGCAUGGGAAGCACAAGCCAGGCUUUACUCAGUGGGAGUUUGGGUUUGGGUGACCAAGCAGCAAAGAGAUAAAUGCCAUCCAAAUUCCCACUUAAAAUAAGCAAAACAGCCCCAGGGCUCACAUGACCAAAGCCAAGGGCUGAGGGAUUUGGUAGGUCUGUUUAUUUCAGUCUGUAUUUGACCUUGCACCACACUCACCAAGCAACUCCCAGUGAAUGCAGAAACCUUUCCCCGCCUCGGGAACAUCUCCAUACAAAACAGAAACACUGCACAGAUGAGAAAAAUCAAGACGUACUCUCCGGCCCGCCUUGCCGUAUUAUUUAAAACAAUUACUGUAUGAUUUUGCUUUCACAUAGCCAUGGAAACCCUGCUGAAAGGAUUUAAUACAAUUUAUUGUGUGAAGCUUAAGAAGAAAUCUGUUUCUCCAGUGCAGGAAAACAAAGCCUGCCAAUUCCUCCCCCACCUCCCUACAAGGUGUGAUGGAUGCAAAUUGCCGGCCGGUGGGUGACCUCACACAGCAGGCGACUGAGCUUUCUGGGAGAGCGUUCUGGAGAGCCCGGACCUGCUUCCUUUAGAUGUAUCAGAAAACAAAGCCAGUGCCAGAGGAAUGCUAAUCUCCUUUGAUGUGCCCAGAGUUGAUUUACCAUUUCGGAAAGGGAAGCACAGUUCUGGGCGGCAGGACCACAAGGUUUUGCAGUGCACACAACAGAGAAAUUUCCCCUGCCAGGUGACCCCGGGAACCUCUCCAUUCACGGGCUCUUCUUACAGGGUGGGGACACAACCCGGAAGAGGGCCCUCCCAGAACUCCCCCCUCGGAUGACAUCGUGGUCUUGUACUCCCAGCCUCAGGAGCCGUAAGAAGACAAACGUCUGUUGUUUAUAAGCUGCCCAGUCUGGGCACUUCGUUACAGCAGCCCCGACUGACAAAGACACCCCAAACUCAUAUGUUGAAGCCCUGACCGCAAUGUGACUGCUUUUGGAGAUAGAACCUAUAAGCAGGUAACUGAGACGAAAUGAAGGCCGGGCCCUAUUUUGAUAAGAACCGUUGCCUCACAAAAGAAGGAAAAGAGGGAUUGCUCUCUCUGCACAGGCCGAGGAAAGGCCAGAUGAGGACACAGGGACAAGGCAGGCACCGGCAAAUCAGGAAGAAAGAUCCCACCAACAAACUGAGCUCUGCUGGAACCUUGAUCUUGGCCUUUGCAGCCUCCAGAGUUUUGAUAAAAGAAAUUUCUGUUGUUUAAGCCACCUAGUCUAUGGUAUUUUUAAAUAGCCCAAACUGCAUGUGUGGGCAUGAGCAGAGGAUCUGAAGUCCAAAGCGGGCUCCAGAAGUGUCAGGAGCCAUAGCCAGGGGGAACCGUGGCUGUUCGUGCACUGUGCUAUCCUUACCUGGGGAGCUUAUCACGGGCUCUCUGCGGACUUUGGGAAGCCAAGUCACGAGUCUGCGUCCCAGCCUCCUCAUCUGAUAGGUACAGUCAUCUUUAAUGUUCUGUAAUUAUUUGGCCCUUGUAUUCAUUUCCUAGGAUUGCCAUUAACAAAUUACCACAAACUUGGUGACUUAAGACAACAGAAGUUUAUCGUCUCUUGGUUCCGGAAAUCAAGGUGCCACAGGCCAUGCUGCCUCUGAGCCUCUGGGUAGAAUCCUUUCUCGUGUUUCCUGGCACCUGGUGGUUGCAGGCAGUCCUUGGAGUUCCUUGGCUUAUAGCUGCAUCACCCCAACCUCUUCAAGUGGCUUUGUUCUCUGUGUGUGUAUCCAUGGGUCUUCAAAUCUCCCUGUCCUUAGAAGGACUGCACUCAUUGAAUUUAUGGCCAACCCUAAUCCUGAUGACCUUACCUAGAUUACAUCUGCAAAGACCCUAUUUCCAAAGGCCAAAGGUCCCAUUCGCAGUUCUGCCAGUUAGAACUUCAACGUAUCUCUUUAGGUGACGUGAUUCAAUCCGCUACAGCCUUACCGUAGGUCGACACAAUCAACCUGCCUAAGGCUUGUUGAAUCACCUUGUAGACCGUGUCAUAAGCCAAAAAAGAUGGAUCAUAAUUGGCUGUGUUCACAAACGACGUGAAAACUGGAAACAUGACAUUCAGCUCCUGACUGGUCUCCUGUUAACAGGUCUUACACUCUUCUACCUAUUCUGUUCUGUGCUCUGAGAACAAUGGCAAUAAAAUACAAAUCUAAUCAUGCCA